AUGGCUUCUCUGAACCUUUCCUCCAAUGGACCUUCCAUAUCGAGGAGCUAUCAAUCGAUUGUGAACGCUCCUGCUCCGAGCGGGCCGGCAGCAUCGUCUUCUACAUAUGGUCAAUGGGUCGUUUUUUCAGUGUCUACCCCACUUGUGAAUGCUUUUCAACCGGAUUCUGGCGGUAAAGAAAGCGUGUUGAAAGUUCAGAGUACUGGAGAGGGUGAAUUAACUGAUCUCAUUGAGGAAUUUUCUGAGGGUAAAAUACAAUUUGCCUUUGUCAAAGUCAAGGAUCCAAACACGAGUCUUCCUAAGAAUGUUCUCAUCGGGUGGUGCGGGGAGGGAGUUCCUGAACGGACGAAAGGCUAUUUCACCAGUCACUUGGCUGCAGUCUCCAAGUUUCUCCAUGGUUACCACGUUCAAAUAACGGCUCGGUCUGAGGGAGACUUAACCCCGGAAGGCAUCCUCCAAAAAGUCGCCGAUGCCUCUGGCGCCAAAUAUGCAUCUGAAGAGACCGUUUCGUCGGGAAAUGCCGCUUCCAAGCCACCAGUCGCGACAAAGCCCGUGUUUACACCAAGUCGGUCUGCUGGGAUUGUUUCUAAACCCACGACAAGUGCUCGGCGAACAGUUGCUCCCAAAAACGACGAGGUUGAUGAAGACGGAUGGGGUCCUGAUGCGCCACCAGUAACUAGGACUCAGCUUGAAAAAGUGCCAUCUGCUUACCAGCCAACGAAAGUGGAUAUACACCAGCUUACUUCUCAGAAGCCAGCUGAGUCCACAUUCAAGAGCACCCAGCCCGACAACAAUGCUCGAAGUGAUAUUGUUAAAGGGGGAUAUCAACCUGUGGGAAAGGUGGAUAUUGCAGCUAUAAGGAGACAGGCGCGAGAAGCUGGCGAGCAAGUGGAUGACAGACCAGAACCUGUGAAAGGUGCAUAUGAGCCCGUUGGCAAGGUCGAUAUUGCUGCACUUCGAGCCAAAGCCCAAUCUACAGAUGUCCCUUCCCCUGGGACGGAUGAUUCGCAGAGAGUUAGCGAGCCAAAGACUUUGUCCGAACGUUCGGCAGCAUUUCAAACGUCGGAGCGUCUAACCACUUUGCCAAAGCCUAAAGUAUCCAAUCGGUUUGCUGUUAGCUCGACCUUCACUGGAACUAAGCCUCCUCUUCCUGGUGAUUUCGGAGCCAAAGUUACACCCGCUGUGGCUCCUGUCGGUGGCGCGAGCAGGACUUUUGCAGAUGAAGGUGGAAAGACUCCGGCCCAGUUAUGGGCGGAGAGGAAGGCCAAAGAACGCGGCUCAAGUGGUGCUGGCGAUGUUCCGAUUUCGCGCCCCUCGGCUCCCACACAAUCUAGUGAGCGAGAAUGGAAGAGCUCGUACACUGGAAGGACUUGGGCUCCUGUGCAGACAACUCACACAGGUUUGUCCACUGGCAGCAAUGCAUCUCAGCAACCUGCUGGUCAUGGUGAUGAACUGUCACAGGAGUCCGAGUCUAAACCUCCAUCAGGGGCGGUAAGCUCUGUCCGCGAUCGGUUUGCCCCUUCGCCUUCCGUGGGAGCAAGCGUCUCGAAUGUUGGGGAACGUGCACCCUCUCCGCCACCUUUGGAUAAUAGCACCAAACCAAAUGCCGGUCGUGGAAUUCCAAUUCCAGGCUUGUCAACAGGUCCUGUCGAGUCACAGGAAGCAUAUGAGACUGAGACUAAACAGGAUGUUCCGAACCCGCCACCGCAACCUCGUUCCCCUACUCCACCUACGCCUUCACACAAAGAGAGCUCCCCCAUCCGAGUUGCAAUGCCGGUCAGUCGCAAUGCGCCUGAGGAGAUCGUUCGAGGUGCCCCUGAGGAACAGCAUUCGCCACCCCAAGUCUUACCCAUUCGCAGCCUUGAACAGGCCGUCCCCAAAGAGGAGGAGCUUGAGGAGCCAACUCAUGACACGGCUCGUGCGACUGCUGAGGCUACCGUGCAUGAUACAGCUCACCCUAACUCUAUCCGCGCUCUUGUCCAGUAUGAUUACGAGAAAGCAGAGGACAAUGAAAUUGAUCUGAAAGAAGGGGAGUAUGUCACAGAAAUUGAGAUGGUUGACAAGGAUUGGUGGCUGGGAGUUAAUGCUAGGGGUGAACGGGGGCUCUUCCCAAGUAAUUAUGUUGAAGUUGUCGAGGCUGGCGAUGCAACUCAAGGAGCGACUUCGGACUUACCUGGGCAUGAAAAACGCGAGACCGAUAUCGAGGCGUCAAGGCCCGUUGGGGAGCCCCCUGCAACUGGUCUUCAUUCUGAAAGCAGAGGUCCUACUGCGACAGCACUUUAUGACUACGAGGCUGCCGAAGACAACGAGAUUAGCUUUCCUGAGGGGGCCAAAAUCAUCAAUAUUGAAUUCCCUGACGAGGACUGGUGGUCUGGCGAAUACGAUGGCAAGAUUGGUCUCUUCCCAGCAAAUUACGUGCAAUUGGAUGAGUGA